AUGAUAAUAUCACGCUGCAAGCAACUCCUCUCGCUUUCUCUCUUCGCUCUUUCCGUUCUCCCCGGGUCCACAUAUGCGGCCAGCGAAGACAAGACAAAAAUCGGAAAUAGUACUAUUGACAGGACAGUACAACUUCGAACGCACUCACUAUUCGCGCCUUACAUUGACCAAGACCUGCAAAACCGUUGGUGGGAUUUUGGUGCCGACGCUUAUGUGAACACCAACAAACAUGUUCGUCUGACGAGGGAUGUGCCUUCUCAAAUGGGAUGGCUAUGGUCUCGUCUACCAAUCACAGCAUCCAACUUUGUUAUCGAGGUGGAAUUCAAGGUUUCCGGAGAGCCGGGCCAUCUAUUUGGAGAUGGCAUGGCUAUCUGGUUGACGAAGGAGAGAGUACAACCAGGCCCCGUAUUUGGCAACCAAGAUAACUUCGAGGGGCUUGCCAUCUUCCUCGACACAUAUGCCAACAGCCGACACAGCUAUGCCUUUCCACGCGUUAUGGGGAUGAUUGGUGACGGCAAGACGAGCUACGACGUUGGAAACGACGGCGACGGACAGGAAGUGGGGGCGUGCUCGGCUAACUUCCGUCAAACUAAUGUGGCAACCAAACUGAAGAUCACCUAUGUCAAGAACCAGUUCUUAGAUGUCAAAAUUCAAUACAGAGCGUGGGAUGAGUGGACGGAUUGUUUCCGGCAAGAGAAAGUAUCUCUCAUUACUGCCCCGUACCUCGGUUUCUCCGCGUUGACUGGAUCCCUCUCCGACAAUCACGACAUUAUCGCAGUGACAACGUAUUCAGCGGUUCUGUCUGCUGCAUCAGCACAACGCGACAAGGGAGGCAGCUUCUUCUCCCGGCGUCCCACCGACGAGAAGGGCUCAUGGAUGGGUCUCUUCUUCAAGCUAUUCCUGUUUGUUGGUGUUUGUGCCGGGGCAUAUUAUGGCUACGAGGAGUAUAAGCGUCGUAACAUGUACGGCGCUGGGAACUUUGGUGGGAGAGGCGGUGGUUUUGGAGGAGGUGGAGGUUAUGGCGGCAUGUACGAUAAGAGAUUCUGA